GUUUAAUUCAACGACGACCGCAACAAUAUUUUAUUCAUUAUGGUAGCCUUAAUCUUGAAUUAAGUAAUCCUAUAAGUCUUAAUUUUAGUCAAAGACGAGUAUUAUCUGGAAAUACUUCAUUAGAAUCUCAAAAGACAACUACUGUUUCAUUUAAUACUUUAACAAAUAAAUUAACUUUCAAUGAUGAAAAUCAUAAUAAAUUAAUAAAUGAAAAUGAUGAACUUCUUCAACAACAUUGA